AAGGUGCAGCAAGAAGUGAAUGGGAACCAACACAUACAACUUAAAUGUACAAACAAAUGCACCAAACGAUAAUAAACUUUACGUCAAUAGGAGAAAGUUUAAAAUCAAGUGAAAGUCCUUGAGUACUUAAUUCAAAAAGUUAUGAAAUCGUAAACACAUGGGACAUUUGCCGUUAGCCGCAAAUGGUGAGAAAUCAUGAUUCAUGGUAAAAGAAUUUGCAUUUUAUGACGUAACACUAAAGUCGUAAUUCGAAUGCUAAUGGCAUGUACUUAUAACGUUCUAAUGACGGUGAAAGUUACGCUUGUUCCUUGUUCGUAUUCAGUUUGGCGGUAAAACUGGUCGCCGUUGCAUGUUUAUAUUUUUUAAAUUACGAUUUUAAAACAUGGCGUCCGCGUCGUGAUUUUAUAUAAUGUUUUUAUUGAAAAAUUGAGUGAUUAUUGAACUAUUUUGUGUUGUGUUAAAUGGAAAUAAGUUUCAAAAUGUCUUUGGAUAUGUUGACAUACGCUUUUCUACUUUCUUUUGCAACCGGAGCAUUGGGCUCGGUGAUCAUCCCAGAAGAGUUACCCUCGCUGCUCUCCGUAGCCUACUCCAAUAUACCGCCGAUCAAGAAAGGUACAGAUUCUCGCGUGGGUUUCGGCUUCGCCUUCGGCAACCACGCUGACUUCCAAGUCAUGUUCGAGUUAGGUCCACAGACCAAUACGCAGAAUCUAACGGGCCAAGGUUUCCAGUCCAGUUCCUCCAAUGCCAAGCGGCAGGCCAACUCGCCGCCGCCCAAACUACAUAAAAACAAAGAAAAGUACCAAACAACAGACGGUAGCAACUACCUCCAAAACUGGGCGCAAAAAAUGAAAUACCCGCCAAAAUCGAACCAGCACCACUCACCCAGACCAGGGGAGGUUCCGAAUCUAGAAGAAUCCAUGGUGGAACUUAUCAAGAACGAGAAAGGAGAAUACGAAAUACACCAGCCACAGCCCGGCAACCUCCCGCAGAACAUUCUAGAAGAUCUAAAGAAGUUAUACAAGCUUAAGAGCGAAGUCGCCAAGAAGAUGACUGCGCAAAAUGCUGCAAGUAGUCAAAGUGCAACGUCGCAAAAUUCUGCAGUUUCGCAAAAUUCUCAAAAACGCAGUGAAGAGGAAGUCAAGAAGAUAACGGAAGACCUUUCUAAUGUAGAUUUGGAUUGAGAAUGUUUUUUUUGUAUGUUUUUGUAAUAAAUGGGUUUUAGAAUAGUGC